AUGAAAAUGAGAGUUGAGCAAAAUGGGACAGAUGAAAAAAGAUGGGAAGACAAAAAUAAUGAUGCCUCAGGACAGAAUUUCUCUAAGGAACAGCAAAUUCCCUCCGAAACCACCUUCAAUCCAGCCGACCGAAGUUCAUUUUAUAAUCACGCAGGGUCUGAAGGCUCACAAUCGAGUCAAAUGCAUGCUUGUCUAACAUCGCCAUCGAAACAUGCAAUUGAACAUGUUGAUCCCUUUUCACCUACCUGCGUCAGGCAGCCAUUAGCUCUGCCGCCUCGGCCAGAUUCUGUAUCAAAAGUCCAGUCCAUUUCUCACCAGUCCAUACCUCCCGUGCCGCCUAACAUGCCGGUUUCAAGUCCUGACAACUCUUGUCCUCCAGCGAAUAGAUAUGCGAAUAUGAGCAAAUCUUCGCGACCAAUUUGUGGCACAGCAACAGGAUCCUGGCUACCAAAUAGCAUCAUGCAACCUCUUGCCGCUCUCAAUUCUCGCACCAGCAUGGACGCUGAGAUUCGAGCCAGUCUCGGCCUGGCGAUGCUACACUUCUCCCGCCGGACGACAAUGCAUGGAGUGGCGCAUAUUGCUCAAGCACGUAAUAAUCGUGGAAGGCUCUUCUGGCUAGCAAUUAUGCUGGCGGCUUCCGUGGGCUUUCUAAUCAACCUCAUCUCCAUUGUCGACAAAUAUUGGAGUGUCCCAAUCUUGACAAAUACAUUGCACGAGUCUGAAGGCUUUCAAUUUCCAGACAUUACUAUAUGCAAUCUCAACCCCAUCUAUCUGCCGCCAGAAGAUACGCCGGAGUACCGCGAGAUGCUGGAAUCGCUAAGGGCCUUUCAGAGACUACAGAAGCGGAAAUCAGUGCUUAGAAACAGAAUGUCAAGAGAUAAACAACAGUACACAGAACCGGCGCGUCGAGUUCGCAGGCAGGCUUCGGGGUCGACAAAUAAAACCGCUUUUCAGCAUGCAGAAGAGUGGCAAGUAUCAGAAAAUACCUCUUCUCCCAGAUCGGAUCAUACUCUGCUGGAGGAGUCUACAACUGAUCUAGAAGAAUUGUUCCGCCGACUGCAAGCAUUGUCCAGGUCCUCGGGUAAAGACCUGUUGCGUCAUCGGCGAAGUGGUGCCUUGGAGACCAAUGACAAUCCUUCAGAACCCACAAAAGUCACACAAAUGUCUGGCAACAGUUCGGACACGCAUGACUGGAAUGUGAAAGGAGACAGAAUGAGAUUUGUCGAUAAGGAGACGAAUGAAGCUGAGCGUGAGAAAAGUGAAGAAUUGGGAUUAAUUAUGGAUAAAAUGACCGGAUUUGUACACACCAACUUUGUUGACUGGAUGUAUACUCAAGGAAAGAAGUUCAGCCACCCAGCCUGGUCUUUCAUCAGGCAUUGUAAAUUUCAUAGGGACGACUGCAACUACUCGCAUUUUUAUGAGCAAAAUAUCUGGCCAUAUGGGAACUGCUUUACAUUCAACCCGGAGUUGGCAAAAUAUACCAGAAUCAUCAACAAGAAUAUAACAUUAAAUGGAUUUCUACCAAAUUUUGAGGUAGGUCUAUUAAUUUUGGUAAGCAUUUCUACUAUUUUCUACCCAAAAAAAGAACUCAAUUAA